AUGCCUGCUCCAGCAGGCACAAAGCGCGUUCGCGGAAUCUCAAUCUACAGGCCAUUCGUUUUCGGAAGCGAAGCGCAACCUUUUGACCCAGCCAAACGACCCCCCGAUGCCCCCGAAGACCACACCCACCAAUGGCGCGCAUUCGUUAAAGGAGUGAAUGACGAGGACAUCUCAUACUGGUUGAAAAAGGUUCAAUUCAAACUACAUGAGACCUACGCGCAGUCCGUGCGCACCAUUGAGUCACCCCCCUUCGAAGUAACAGAGACAGGGUGGGGUGAGUUUGAGAUCCAGAUCAAGCUCUAUUUCGUCCCGGAAUCAAUGGAGAAGCCGCAGACUUUAUGGCAUAGUUUAAAGCUCCACCCGUACGGAGAUGACAUAGAAGGGAAGAGAGAGAGAAGAGAUGUCAUUGUGGCGCAGAACUAUGAGGAGGUCGUGUUCAACGAACCUGUUGAGCAAUUUUAUGAUCUGCUCACGGGGGGUGCGGGGGCGGCGCAGCAGGCUCCUAAGGGGAAGGCGGGAAAGGGCGCAAAGCAGUCACUACCACAGCCAGGGAGGACAGCAGAAAUCCCUCACUCGGAUAGCCCGAAGAAUCCGUAUAGUCACAAGACGGAAGCGAAGGAGCUGGAUAGGUUAGCGGAGGCGAUCAAGACUGUGGAUCAAAUGCUGAAGGAGGAGAAAGCAAAGCUUGUGGAGCGAGAGGAGAAGCUGGAAGAGUUGAAGAAGAGCGAAGGCAUCACCACUGUCGUUAAGAAGAAAUAG